AGAGCUCGAAAGAGGGCAGAGGAACCCCGAGGAGCGGUGUUUUUGUUUGGAAGCGGGGCAGCGGGUGGGAAGGGGGCGGCCGGGCUCUCCCUCCCCUGCCUCUUCUUCCUUCCCUUCUUCUUCUUCCUCCUCCUCCUCCUCCUCUUGUUCCAGGCGAUGACCAUGUUGUUAGACGGCGGUCCUCAAUUCCCGGCCUUGGGCGUCGGGGGUUUCGGGGCUCCUCGCCCUCACCCCCACCAUCACCCCCACCACCAUCCCCACUCCCAUCAUCCCCACGACGUGGCGGCAGCGGCGGCGGCGGCGAUGGGGCUGAACGCGCCCCCUCCGGGCCCGUCUUUCGGCGAGGCCUCUUCCUCCUUCAAGCUGAGUCCGGAGCUGGCCUCGGGGCAAGGCUCGGCCUUCACCCCGCAGGGCUCCGGGGGCUACGCUCCGGCCCCCCAGCCCCACCAUCACCCCCACCCCCCGCACCCGGUGGCCUCCCCGCCCUCCUACGUGGCUUUCAACUCCACACGGGACUUCCUCUUCCGAAACCGAGGCGAGGCCCACGCCGUCGGAAGCCCCGUCGGCCUCGGUGGGCCCUUCGCCGCCGCAGCACCACCACCAUCAUCACCACCAUCUCUUCGGGCCCAACCCCAGCCCCGACGCUACCUGCUCUUCCCGGGCCUCCACGAGCAAAGCCCGUCCCCGACGGCGCCGGGGAGCCACGCCGAGAGCGGCGCCAUGGCUCUGGGGCUGCGCGGGGAGCUCUUCGGGCGGCCGGAGCCCUACCGCGCCGUCUCCAGCCCUCGAGGGGACCCUUACGGCGGGAUCCACCCCAACUACGGCCCCAUGAAUGUCAACAUGGGCGGCAUGAACGUGGCCGCCGCCGUGGCCGCCCACCACCAUCACCACCACCACCACCACCAUCCCGGGGCGGCGGGGGCCUUUUUCCGCUACAUGCGGCAGCCGAUCAAGCAGGAGCUGUCCUGCAAGUGGCUGGAGGAGGCCGCCCAGCUGCCGGGAGCCCCGCCGCCCUCCUCCUCGGCCUCGUCUUCGUCCUCGUCGUCGUCGCGGAAGGCCUGCGAGCGGACGUUCAGCACGAUGCACGAGUUGGUGAGCCACGUGACGCUGGAGCACGUCGGGGGCCCCGAGCAGAGCCUGCACCGCUGCGCCUGGGAGCAGUGCCCCCGGCAGGGCAAGGCCUUCAAGGCCAAGUACAAGCUGGUCAACCACAUCCGCGUCCACACCGGCGAGAAGCCCUUCCCCUGCCCCUUCCCCGCCUGCGGCAAGAUCUUCGCCCGCUCCGAGAACCUCAAGAUCCACAAGAGGACCCACACAGGUGAGAAGCCCUUUAAGUGUGAGUUCGAAGGCUGCGACCGCCGCUUUGCAAACAGCAGCGACCGAAAGAAGCACAUGCAUGUCCAUACGUCCGACAAGCCCUACAUCUGUAAGGUCUGCGACAAGUCCUACACGCACCCCAGUUCCUUAAGGAAACACAUGAAGGUUCACGAAACCCAAGGGUCAGAAUCUUCUCCGGCAGCAAGCUCUGGCUAUGAAUCCUCCACUCCCCCGGCCAUUUCGGCCAUUGCACCGAGCAAAGACUCCACCAAACCACCCCCUUCUUCUUCUUCCUCUUCGUCGGCUGUACAGACUGCCAACCCAAGCCACAACCCUGGACUCCCUCCCAAUUUUAAUGAGUGGUAUGUCUGAGCAGGACAAGCCCCAUGCUCCCGGUCCCCCUUCUCAAAGCAAGUGACCCGUACAGGACCAAGAGGAUUUCCUGGUGACACCGCAGGACAUCAUGCUGGUCCUUGGCCUACCUACCCUUGGAGUUUACAGGACACGGAAAUUGCAGGAGGAGAAAGACCUAGAAUAAAAUGGGUGUGUGUGUGUGCGUGUGUGUGUGUGUGUGUGUGUGUUGGAGGGGGCAGAAUUUGCUUUCCGUACCCCCUCGGUCCCUACCCAAAAGCUGGCGGCUGGACGUCAUCAUGUCUAUUUUUCUCAGGAUUAGCCAUUUCUUAUUUUUUAUUUUUAUUUUGGCAUCAAGAAUUAUUCCUUUGAUUUUUGGUUUUUAUAAAAAAGAGGUCUCUCUUCCAAUUCGCAGCCCGAUCCUCCCCCCCCCCCCCAUUUUCUUUCUUUUCCCACGUUCUUGUCUUUUGUCAUUUGACUUCGGUGGUGGAUAUUUCUACGCCUCCCUCCCUUUUCAAAAGCACCCAUCUUGCGCCUCUUUUAGUGGGACGUUCUUAAAGAGAGAACAGACUUUGUCCCUUGGCCUUAGUUGUGAUUCUUAAGAAACAAGAAAAACCACAGUCUUAAAACUUGCCAAAGUCCUGUAUUGUCUUGAAGUCUUUUCUCCUUUCUUUCUUUCUUUCUUUGCUUCCUUUCCUUUCUCUUUCUCCUUCCUUCCUUACUUUUUUCCUCCCUC